UCUUCAAUCGCCACCUGAGAGCUGUGCUGGGCCAAAAACGACGUCGUAGAGCGGAGGGCGGAACCCUAGGAGGAGCGAAAUGGCGGCGGAGGGAACAACGAAGAAGAUGAUAGCGACGCAGGAGGAGAUGGUGGAGAACAAGGUGCCGAUAGCGUAUAGGGAUCAGUGCGCGCACUUGCUGAUACCUCUGAACAAGUGCCGCCAGUCGGAGAUGUACCUGCCCUGGAAGUGCGGCGACGAGCGCCACGUGUACGAGAAGUGCGAGUACGAGCUCAUCAUGGAGCGGAUGCUUCUGAUGCAGAAGAUCAAGGAGAAGGAGGCGGCGCUGAAUCAGAAGGCUCCGAUUCACCAGGGCCAAGCUAUCCCUCUCAUUCCCAAGACCGCCAAUGCUUGAGAGGAAGCUUAAAUCGGAGAUGUGGAUAUUUUGAUGCUUUUCACCGCUAAUGAUGAUAAAAUUCGUGGGACUGUACUGAGACAAUGAUGAUAGACCCUUUACUUUUCUCAGUUGGGCAACCUGUUUCAACCUAUUGAAUAAAUUAAACUCCUCUCAUUUUCUGGAUUUUGUAUUGAUAUUCUGGAAGGAUAUUUGCACAUUUGAGCUCUGCUAUUGUACU